UACCACAGAUUAAUCUGUGCAACACUUAAGUUGGUCGAUUGUGAUUUUCACGUCACAAACGUCAAAUCGACGAACAUAACCUCCAAAUACACGUGUAUUAAUUUGUUUAAAUAAUUCAAUAAAAUGGACAGUGACGCGAGUGAUAACUAUGAGGAUUUGUACAGCGAGGAAGACGCCUCAAAGCACGACAAAUUGGUGCAGAAGGUGCUAAGUUUAAAUAAGACGCAACAGCUCAAGAAGCCCUCCCGGACCGAACCGACCCUCCAAAUCUCCGAAUUCAAUUUGGUGAAGUCCAUAACCGGCCAUAAAGGUGCAGUCCACUUAAAUGACUUGGCCAAAACGUUAAAAUCGCGAAAAAGUCGGCUCAAAAUCAGCGAAAACGUCAAAAAAAUCCAGAGACACUCGCGCACCCUCCCCAAGCCUUUGAAGAAGCCCCAAGCCAACCGUAUCCGGCGAAGUGUUGCGUAUGAGAAGACGCGCCUCGAACUGGACCGGUGGGAGGCCACAGUCACUGCAAAUCGCGUCGCGACUAAUUUGUCCUUCCCCUUAGACAAUGAUUAUAAAUUGGAGAAAAAAGAAAAUAAGAAUUUUACUAGCAUGUGGCGCGUGAAAUCGGCCCUUCAACAGGAAUUGGAGAAGAUUGAGCCCACAGUUGAGGAGUAUCAUAUUGAUUUAGAGAAGGAGAAGUUUCCACUAACAAUGAAGGAAAUGUUGGUUCGACGGCAAGAAGCGGCAAAGUUGAGGGCGUAUCAAGGGUAUAGAGAAGCCAAAGCGCGUCGACAGAGGAAAAUCAAGAGCAAGAAGUAUCACAGGAUACAGAAACGUGAAAAAAUUAAGAAACAGUUGAAGGAGUUUGAGCUGUUGCAAAAAACGAAUCCAGAGGAGGCGCUCAAAAAAUUGGAGGAGAUUGAGAAGACGAGGAUUGAGGAGAGGUUUAGUUUGAGGCAUAAAAGUACGGGGAAGUGGGCGAGGAAUCAGCAAGUCAGAGCCAAAUAUGACAAAGAGAGUCGGCAAGUUUUAGCACAACAAUUAACAUUAAGUCGCGAGCUUACGCAAAAAUUAAAGAAUAAUAAUAGCGACUCUGAUGAAGAUGAAGCAAAAGAAGAAGAAAAAGUUCCUGAAGUGAUUGAUAAAGAUAAUCCAUGGGUGAACGGAAUCAAGCCAGGAAAAGAUGUUGCCGAUUUUAUCAGCGGUUAUCGGAAAUAUUGGAUGGAGAAAAAUAAAGAAGGAGAAACUGGGCAAUUACAAGAAGACGCUCAAGAAAAUGUGACUGUUAGUGAAGAAAUCCAGAUGGAGAAUAAUAAACAAUUGGAAGAAGAAGCUUCGACUAUUGACGAAGGAUAUCGGGUGGAGAAGAAUAAAGAUGAAGAAGAAAAAACAGAACAAUCUCAAGAAGACAGUCCUGAAGCAACUUUGACUAUUAGUGAAGAAAAAGUAACAAAAAAGAAAAAACAAUCAAAGGUUGGGAAGAAAAAGAAUUCAACUGAAGAUUUAAAACAAUCCAAAUCAACAUCUGACUGGGAAAUUAGUGUUGUUGAUAAUGCUACAGACGUCGAAGACAUGUUUAAUAAAUUAGAAAAAAAGCUUCAAAGAACAAUGUUGAAAAGAGUGAAGAAAUUAAAACAUAAAAUAAAUAAAGAAGACAAAACGAAGACAGAACCUAAAAGGAAAAAAGUUGAUAACAAAGUCGAUUUAACUCUAAAUCCCCAAAAGAAAAUUCCAAUAAUUGACGAAGAAUUGAUCGAAAACACGAAUUCCGAUGCCGAAAACUCCCAAAAUAACGAAACCUUGUCAAACCUAAAAAACAUCUCAACUAAAGAAGUGGCCCAAAACGAGUCAAACAUAGACCCCGACAAAUACAUGAAAGUCAAACCAACAAAUCUCUCAACUGCAAUUCCCGACAUUUUAACAGAAGAUAACGAAGAACCAACUCAACGCGAAAUCAUUUCUGAAGCAUUUGAAGACGACGAUAUCGUCCAAGAAUUCGCAAAAGAAAAACAGGACGAAGUCGACCGAGACAAGCCGAAAGAUAUCGAUCUGAGUUUGCCAGGUUGGGGCAGUUGGGGUGGUACCAACAUAAAAGUAAACAAGCGCAAAAAGCGAAGAUUCACAAUCAAAGCGCCGCCAAAAGUCCCUAGAAGGGACGAUAAUAAAGGAACCCUGAUAAUUAAUGAGAAAGCGCAAAAUAAAAUUAAAGAACACAUGGUGUCUGAAGUUCCGUUCCCUUUCAAAACUGUGAAGGAUUUUGAGGCGAGCAUGAGGGCACCUAUUAGUAACACUUUUGUACCGGAAACGGCCUACAGGAGGUUGAUCAAACCAGCGGUUACGACCAAGAUGGGUACAAUCAUCGAACCUAUAAGCAAAGAUAUACUUAUAAAUAAACGUAAUUGAACUCA